CAUUAGUAAUGGCCUACACGUUCAUGGGGGCUUUUGUAUUUUCUUACUUAGAACAAGGGAACGAGAUAGAAACACGUGUAAAGGUUGGAUCUAAUAGAAAGGAUACACUGGAGCAACUUUACAAUAUUACAGGAAGUAUAAGAUUAAAGCUGUUGGAGCAGUCUAUACAGAUAGAUGAGUUGACCCGUUCAAUAAAACAGCUGACAGAACAGAGGAAUCAGUGUAGACAGCUUCGGAGGAAGGAGGGACGGUUUCUACAAUCUGUGAUCACACAAUGCAAGGGGGACAAUGUUCCAUUGACUGAGGCUGAAUGUCGAGAAUACUGCACCAAAACCUUGCUAAAACCAAGCACUUGCAAAAAAUUCUGUGAUACUAAAGCUCCCCCUUGUACCUAUUGGCACAGUGAUACCCACAGAGACCCAAAAAUCUCAUUUGAAGAAUUAAUGAAAAAAGUUCAUCAAAACAAGAAAGGAAAAACAUCAGAAAAAGACCAAAAAUUAGUGAACCAAACUCUAGCUAAACCUUCUGAAAAUAAAAGCAGAGAUGAUGGACCAAAAGAAGUCAAGUCAAGACAAACUAGAUCUGUGAUACCUGGAACCGGUGAUUUAGCUAGAGGAUUUGCAUCAAACCUAAUUGGAACUUCAGAUGUAUAUAGUUCCCAUGGAACUGAAUCCUCAACAUUCCAGACCAUGGUUGAAAUCCCUGAUCAAGAUCAUCCCCAAUCAACAGAAUUCAGGAUUCCCACAAUAGAGCCACAGGUAUUCCGUACUCCUGCAGCAGAAUACACCACUGAAGAAAUAACACUUGCUGACUAUGAAAACCCUCCUGAAGAAACAAUUACAAGUAAAAAGAUCAGUGACAAGAAAGGAUUAAAAAUUAACAUAGAAGACAGGAAUGAUUUACCUGAUCAAGAUGUGUCUAGUUCUCCUGUAACUCUCAUGAGCGUAGACAACGAGGAGGAAAGUUCCACAUCACAAGUCUCCAUACAUGAUAAAUCCUCAGAAGAGAAAAACUAUCUUGUUGGAAAAGCUGUAGUCCAACCUCCACCUAAAAGUUAUUGUGUUAAUAUUGCCUGUUUGGACCAUACUGAUGUUCCUGAAGUACAUUGCUUGGAUCUUAGUUGGACAAAUACUGUCGGCAACAAGUACAGACCACUAAAGAAACAUUUCAACAUACUGUGGAAAGCCAACUGGACUAGAGAAGCAGAAAAAGUUCUAAAAAUCUUUGAACGUGACGUCAUUAUGAAGGUGAAGUCUGAAGGCUAUGAUGGGAAUGAUAAUGAGGAAUUGAACUCACCAAGUCAAUGGAACUUUAGCGGAGCUCUCCUCUACAGUGUUACUAUUAUAACAACCAUAGAAAGCUUGANAUUGAACUCACCAAGUCAAUGGAACUUUAGCGGAGCUCUCCUCUACAGUGUUACUAUUAUAACAACCAUAGGAUAUGGAAAUAUAGCUCCUAAGACUAAAUGGGGCCGUAUUGUGACAAUGAUCUACGCAACCUUCGGUAUGCCGAUCUUCCUGAUGUGGGUGUCCAAUAUGGGCACCUUGCUCGCCCAAACCUUCACCUUCCUCUACUCUCACGUCUGCUGCUUCGUCUGUAAACAGGGGAAGAAGAGAAAGUUGAUAAAGAAACAGGUGAGGAAGGAGGAACGAGAAAGCAGAAGGGAAAGAAGAGCAGAAAAUCAACAAAGAGAAGAAAGAGAGAGUAGGAAGGAGAAGGAAGGAAGAGGAGGACUAGAACUGGGAAGGAGCAAACAGGAACCCAUAGAUAUUGAUUUAGAGUCUGCUGUUAACAGCACAAUCCAGAAAACACGUGAUAAAGAGGGACUAGACCCAUUGGUGAAGCAAAUGUUGACGGAAUGCGCCAGAUAUAACCUGGAUAAUAACGAUGAUGAUCCUCUCUCCGAAGCUGUAGUUGAAGAAAUUCGCCAUGCUGAUGCCAUGGAUAUAAUCAGAGAACGAAGUUUAAAUGCAUCCCCGCUCAUAUCUCCAGUAGAUACUCCACAUAGAUCUCCUGCCCCUCCUUCCAGGUGUUACCGUGAACUAACUGGCGCUGAUAAAAACCGAACCUGUACACCGGAUGGAGAAAGACAGCUGAUUCCCACGCCGGAUCCUAGAACUCCUGGACUGUACAGUGUGUCCUCCUUGAAACAUGAUGGAUCAGUGAACACUACUCUUCUUCGACCCCCGGCCAAUCAUCUACCUAUCCAGAUUUCUGGCUCCUGGGCCCCUAGAGCAAGCCAGGAGGAAUCUCCGACCUCCUCCAAGGUUUUCCUGACCUCCGAACGAGAGGAGGAGGUCACAAAAGGUCAUAAUUCAAGCCGAGGACCUCCUCCAGAUUCUCCGGCUCCGAUAGAGAAGGUUCCAGUGAUGCCAGUAAUAGUGUUCAUAGUUGGUUAUAUUCUGCUGGGAGCUGGAAUAUUUUCAGCUUGGGAGAAUUGGAGCUUUCUAGAAGGAGCUUACUUCUCAUUUAUCACUCUUACUACAAUAGGUUUCGGGGACUUUGUUCCAGGGGAUGCAGUACUGAAUGCCGCAACUCAAGACGGACAGUACAAACUUAUUCUUGCCUGCCUGUACGUUUUAGUCGGACUUGCCGUGAUUUCAAUGACAAUAAACCUGCUUCAAGAAGAGGUUAUAGAUAUGGUUGUUAACCUAGCCAAGGAUCUAGGGAUUAUUGACGACGACGAUGAUGAAGACGACGACUAGAAAUAAAUUUCUAAAUCAUGUCAAUUUCGCGCAUUUCCCUGUUUCGUGUUUGCUUUUAAUAAAGACAACAAUGUUCAUUUGUA